AUGUAUUCGAAUUAUACAAGUUUUGGAAAUUCAAAUACAAAUGGUAGUAAUAAUUCAAAUAUACAUCAUAGAUUUAUUGAUGUUAAAGAUUAUCAAUCAAACAAAGAUGGAUCAAGCAAUACUUCAUUAAAAAAUAGUGGUAGUAGUAAAAGUAAAUUAAAAGCAUUUGUGGCAGGAAAAAAAUCAAAAGCAAAAGAUAAAAUUUCAGAUAAACCUAUUAUUUCAUUACCAUCCAAUUUUGAACAUACUGUUCAUGUUGGUUAUGAUCCUAGUACUGGUGAGUUUACUGGAAUGCCACAACACUGGGCAAUUUUGUUGCAAAAUUCUCAAAUUUCAAAACAAGAACAACAACAAAAUCCACAAGCAGUUUUAGAUGCACUAAAAUAUUAUACACAAAAAGACAAUAGUACACAGAAGUGGCUUCGUUUUGAUGACAAUCAAUAUGAUAAUUUUCGGGAUAGCUCAACAGUAUCUCCAAGUUCUAGUUAUACGCAAUUUAAUUAUACUUCAAAAACUGAACCUGUACAUAAAAAAUCUUUACCUAUUACACCAUCAUCACCUUUUAUGAAUAAAAGUUUUAAUAGUGGUUAUAAAAUUCAAAAUAGUUCAAGCAUUGGUUAUUCUAGUUCAAAUGGAAUGGAAUCAAGUUUGCAAAAACAGCCAAAUUAUUCAACAUUAUCUUCAUGCCAUAAUUUUAAAAUAUCAAAUAAUUGUAGUCUUCCUCCUAAUUAUCAACAAAAAUCUACAUUGUCAUCAUACAAUGUUAAUUCAUCAUUAACAAAUUUACAAAAUCAAAAAUUGACUAAUACUUUUGAUAAUAUGUCUAUUAAAAAAAAAGAUUCAUUUUCUGUUAGUUCUAAUUCAUCGGUUAGUGAAUGUGAUGCAUCACUAGUGACGGGUGGAAAAGGAGAUUUAUCAUCAACACCCACAAAUACAUCAAUGACUUCUAAAUUAUCAUUUCUUAAUAAUGAUAAUAGUAGACCACCUCCACCAAUUCCAGAAAGGCCACCAAGAACUCUUUCAAUAUACACAAAACCAAAAGAUGAUGAUGAAAAAAAUCCUUCUAAUGUAACAGUUUCUGGUGGUUUUGGUAAAGAUACUAAAAGAGAAGUUUCACAAAGGAAAAAAAAACUUAGUGAUGCUGAGGUAUUAGCACGUCUUAGAUCAAUUGUUACAAUAGGAAAUCCUGAUAGAAGGUAUCAAAAGGUAGAUAAAAUUGGAAGUGGUGCAUCGGGAUCUGUUUAUACGGCAAUUGAAAUUAGUACAGGUGCUGAAGUUGCUAUAAAAGAAAUGAAUUUAUCACAACAACCAAAGAAAGAUUUAAUUAUAAAUGAAAUUUUAGUAAUGCGGGAAAAUAAACACCCAAAUAUUGUAAAUUAUUUAGACAGUUAUUUAGUCGGUGAUGAUCUUUGGGUUAUAAUGGAAUAUUUAGCUGGUGGAAGUUUGACGGACGUUGUUACAGAAUGUCAAAUGGAAGAAGGCAUGAUUGCUGGUGUGUGUAGAGAAGUUUUACAAGCAUUAGAAUUUUUACAUUCUAGACAUGUUAUUCAUAGAGAUAUAAAAUCAGAUAAUAUUUUAUUAGGUAUGGAUGGUUCUGUUAAAUUGACUGAUUUUGGUUUUUGUGCUCAGAUUUCACCAGAACAAAAUAAAAGAACAACUAUGGUAGGUACACCUUAUUGGAUGGCACCUGAAGUAGUCACAAGAAAACAGUAUGGACCUUCUGUUGAUUGUUGGUCUUUGGGAAUUAUGGCUAUUGAGAUGGUUGAAGGUGAACCUCCAUAUUUAAAUGAAAAUCCUUUAAGAGCAAUUUAUCUUAUAGCCACUAAUGGAAAACCUGAUUUUCCAUCACGCGAAUCUUUAUCACUUCCUUUUAGAGAUUUUAUUGAUAGAGCAUUAGAAGUUAAUGUUGAUAAAAGAUACUCAGCAAGUGAAUUGUUAAAACACAAUUUUUUAAAAUGCGCACAACCAUUAAGUGGUUUGCAGUAUCUUAUUGUAGCAGCAAAAAGGAGCAUUGCUGCUUCAAAUGGAUAA